AUGACAGAUCAGACAUAUGAGUAUUCAUGUGUCAGUUGUGGAUACCACCCCCACACUGUGGUCAUGGACCUUCACAGGAAAGGGGUGUUUAACCUUCCUGUAAGCGAGGUUGCAGCGGCUUCAUCUACCUUCAAUGGAGUAGUUGACACUGACGGCUUUUGGAAAUCGAUUGACUUUGACAUGAUCUCCCGAGGAUUUUUAAAAACUUGUUCUGAGAACCCAUUUACUGUUCAUCCCAGUUAUGAAUACUGGGCUCCAUGGAUUGGAAGGAGGACAAGAAAAUCAAACAUGGCCUUGAACACAGAGUUUGAAAAAAUUGCCUCAAAUCGGACUGUCACUUCAGCAGAGGUUCUUGUUACAGAGGAUCGGCUGGUUGAUGAGCUGAUGAAACAAAAGGUUUCAACAGUGCGUAAACUAUGCAAAGCCUGCAACCUGGACUCGAAUGGGUCGCGUAUGAACCUCAUACUACGACUCCGGGAGGAAAUGAAGUCCAGGCACACUUAUGACAAAAGCCACGUAAAGCAUGUUGGACACAAGCAAGAGCAUCUUCUCAACUAUGUGCUGGAUGAGGAGAGGUCAGGAAAGGAGCUUAUCGUCCAAAGUACUAAGAUGGCUCUAACACGGUCUGACUUUCAAACUCUUGGUUUAAAACGAGAUAUGGAGUCUACUAUUGGAAAUGCCUGCUUUGAGAUCAUAGAAAAAGUCGCGCAAGUCAAGGAAGACAUGCCAACUCUGAGGAAAUGGUGGUGUUUGUUACUGAUGGAGACCUUUGACCUUGGGAGCUAUGGCAAAUUAUUUGCCCAUUGGACGGAGGAAGCCAAGGCUAUGCUUCGAGCGGAAGUACAGCCAGUUCUGAGGGUUAAAAAACGCAAGUUCUGUGCAACAGACAGACCUGUUGCCUGCUACACAAGAACAUCGAGACCGGAAAGUCCUAAAAGAUUGUCAAUUAGCAGCAAGCUGGGCAAAGGACAACCUGUUUUUAUUCACUGGAAAAAUACAGUUUCCUCCUGUGCUGGACUGGGAAGGAGAUGA